GGAAAACACACACUGGACAUUCACACCCGUUCAAGCUGUGCUGUGUCUCCCAUGGAGCGGAGAUUGCUGAGCCUGACUGAAAACCCUGAAGUAGUCACUCCUCCGCCGCAAUGACGACCUUUUCCCCCGCAUCUUCUUUCCUCUUCACUCUUUCAGCUUCUGCAUCAUCCAACACAUCUCUAUCUACCUCUGCUUCAUCCCUUCCUCUAUCAAUGUCAUCUAUUCCCCAUUCCUUCUCCCCAAACGAAUCUCCUUGUUUACUGGAUGUCAAAGCCCUCCGUUGGACGCUGGUAAUCUUCUACUCCCUCUUCUUCCUCUUUGGGAUUGUGGGUAACCUCUUUGCACUGUGGGUUUUCCUUCGCUUGCACUCGAGCCGCAAUUCUGUGAGAGUAUUCCUCAUCAACUGUGCUGUGGCGGAUCUGGUCCUGCUGGCGUGUCUGCCCUUCAGGGUCUUCUACCAUAUCAAUGGCAACAAGUGGGUUCUGGGAAAUGUGGCCUGCAAGCUGGUGGGAACUCUAUUUUAUAUGAACAUGUACAUAAGUAUCACGUUACUGGGAUUUAUCAGCUUGGACAGAUACUUAAGGCUGAAGAGGAAAGGUAGAGCGCUGAGAGGCAUGUGCGGGAGCAGCCGGUCAUCGAGCUGGGUGGCAUGUGGGGUUCUGUGGGGUCUGUCACUGAUGGCACUGGUGUCCUUGAUUGUCAAGGCAGAGGGCAAAAAGGACAUCGACCAGUGCUUCGAGUACAAGCAGCUACACGAAGCCAAAGGGAAGGCCUACUUCAACGCUGUGCUGGUGGCGCUGUUCUGGCUCGUCUUCAUCAUGCUCGUGGUCUCCUAUGCGAAGAUCGCCUCCCAGUUGCUGAGGGUGUCUAAGGACAGACCGGACUUUGCCAACGCGCGGAAAUACAAAAGCACUGCCAAGAAAUCCUUCUUCGUCCUCUUUCUGUUCACCGUGUGUUUCGGACCCUACCACGCCUUCCGCCCCUUCUACAUCCACUCGCAGCUCAGCACAGAGGUCUCCUGCGACUACAAGCAGCUGAUGGACCACACCAACGAGGUGAUGCUGUUGUUCUCCGCCUUCAAUAGCUGUUUGGAUCCGGUCAUGUACUUUCUGUUAUCUGGCUCGGUUCGCAAAACCGCACUGCAAGCGCUUGGGCAGCGGUUUGGAAACCGCUUUUCCCUCCACGAUGCCACAUCCAACAGCUCGACGACAGAGUUCAGGCGGGCGUCUGUGCCUCUGGUGUUACCAAAACCUGAACCAAACAUCCCCUCCGUCGGACCGAGAGUGAGCAUCUGUGUCAUCAGCUCCACCCUUGACCGCACAGGAUUGACUGUGCUUCCACCUACUGGCCAAAACUGAUCCCUAGUAUAAACGCCUUAUUUUUCUGACAUGGGUUGGACUGGAAAAAAUGGCAUUUAGACUUCACGUGUCAAAUUCAUUGUGUUCUUUCCGUGUUAUCUUCUGUGCUGUAAAUGGAAAGUAUUUAAAUUCUGCUUUAAUGCCUGGGAGACAGACUGACAAUACAGUCUAAUGAGAGACACUGCAGUCAACACUAGGACCAAAGCCUUUCUAGUAAUGCAACAUAUGUUUAUUUUCUAUCACGCAGUUCUUAAUUAUCAUAGUGGAUUAAGUAAACCUGGAGAAUAAUGU